GACGACCUCGAGAAGACCGCGUUGAGCAUCACCGACCUUUCGCUGGCCGAGGGCGACCAGCAGAGCGGAAAGGGCAACCAGGGCAGUCCCCAGUUCAGCUGCGCCACGGAGGUGAGCAACGGCGAUGUGCUGCAGGUACAGCAAGCGGAGACCAUCGAGGACGACAUCGAGAAGACCGCGAUGGACCCCGCCGAGGUCAAGGCCAUCAGCGCGGCGCAGUACAGCCUCGAGGAGGACGGCGCCGCAACGCAGCACGACGAUCCGACGGAGCUCGUGAAGUACUGCACUGAGGAAGAGACGCACCUGAAGAAAAUCAAGGAACAUAAGGAGCAAUCACCAGAGGGCGAGCCGUGCGCAGAGAAUGGCUCGGAGCUUGCGGCGGCUGCGUGCCGCUCUAUGGCAGGACAGCGCCAGCUGCGGAUCAGCCUCGGCUUGGCGGCUCUCGCAGCGCGGCCAGCGGUGGCAACCAACGGCAACUCCUGGCAAUCUCCGACCUAA